AAAAUAUUCUAUUUUCGAAAGCCCGCGUGCGUGUGGAGUGGUUGUGAGGCUAAGUUAGCUUGAUAAUAAAUAUAUUUUGUAUAAAUUUUUAUUUAAAAAUCCAUCAAAAUGAAGGGUGAUAAGAACGUAGACUUCCAGGCCCUCAAGGAUAUCGCAAACAAGCUCAGAAUCGACAGCAUAGUCGCAACAAACGCCUCCAAAUCCGGACACCCCACAUCAUGUGCAUCCAUGGCGGAGAUUAUGUCAGUGCUGUUCUUCCACACCAUGCGCUACAAGAUCUCAGCACCAAGGGACCCCUCCGCUGACAGAUUUAUACUUUCAAAGGGUCAUGCGGCUCCAAUCCUCUAUGCAGCGUGGGCAGAAGCUGGUCUCUUCCCUGUGGAAGAGCUGAAGAACUUGCGCAAACUGACUUCAGACCUCGAGGGCCAUCCCACCCCAAGACUGAACUUUGUAGAUGUGGGUACAGGCUCUUUGGGCCAGGGCCUGGCAGUAGCAGCUGGCAUGGCUUAUGUCGGGAAGUACUUCGAUCAGGCACCAUACAGGGUGUACUGCCUGGUAGGCGACGGCGAGGCAGCGGAGGGCAGCAUCUGGGAAGCGCUACACUUUGCCAGCCAUUACAAGCUAGACAACCUGGUGGUGAUCUUUGAUGUCAACCGACUGGGGCAGUCCGAGCCCACCUCCCUGCAGCAUCAGAUGGACGUCUAUGCAGCCCGGCUCAAGUCUUUCGGCUUCCACACACUGGUGGUGGACGGGCAUGACGUCACCGAGCUGGUCAAGUCUCUGGACGAGGCGGCGUCAGUGGGGGGCAAGCCCACCGCUAUUGUGGCCAAGACGUACAAGGGGAGGGGCUUCCCCGGCAUCGAGGAUAAGGAGAACUGGCAUGGGAAGGCGCUGGGUGCUGACGGAGACAAGAUCAUCAAGCACCUCCAGUCGCAGAUCAAGAACGCAUCAAUCACCCUGAAGCCGCAGCCGCCGCUGGCCGAAGCCCCCAAGGUGCACAUCAGCGACAUCACGCUGUCCUCCCCCCCAGCCUACAAGAAGGGGGAGAUGGUCGCCACCCGCCUCGCCUACGGGACGGGGCUCAAGAAGAUUGCAGACACCAACCUUAGAGUGAUCGCCAUGGACGGGGACACCAAGAACUCCACCUUCAGCGAUAAACUGCGCAACGCGUACCCUGACAGAUACAUCGAGUGCUUCAUCGCGGAGCAGACGCUGGUGGGCGCGGCCACGGGCGCCGCGUGCCGCGACCGCGCCGUCGUGUUCGCCUCCACCUUCGCCGCCUUCUUCACGCGCACCUUCGACCAGAUCCGAAUGGGAGCCAUCAGUCAGAGCAACAUCAACCUGGCGGGCUCGCACUGCGGGGUCAGCAUCGGGGAGGACGGACCCUCGCAGAUGGGACUCGAGGACCUGGCGCUGUUCCGCGCCGUGCCCACCGCCACCGUCUUCUACCCCUCCGACGCCGUGUCGACGGAGCGCGCGGUGGAGCUGGCGGCCAACACGCGCGGCAUCUGCUACCUGCGCACGUCGCGCCCUAACACCGCCGUGCUCUACGACAACGACACCGUCUUCAAGGUGGGCGAGGCGAAGGUGGUGCGCAGCGGCGCCGCGGACCGCGUGCUGCUCAUCGGCGCGGGCGUCACGCUGCACGCCGCCCUGGCCGCCGCCGCCGCCCUCGCGCAAGAGGGCGUGGAGGCGCGCGUGCUGGACCCGUUCACCAUCAAGCCGCUGGACGAGGCCGCGGUGAAGAAGCACGCCAAGGCGGUGGGCGGCAGGGUGGUCGUCGUGGAGGACCACUACCAAGCCGGCGGUCUGGGCGAGGCGGUGCUGUCGGCGCUGGCGCUGGAGCGCGACGUGGUGACCGCGCACCUGUUCGUGCGCGAGGUGCCGCGCUCGGGCGCGCCCGACGAGCUGCUCGACAAGUACGGCGUGUCGGCGCCGCACGUGGCCGGCGCCGCGCGCGCGCUGCUCAAGCUGUGAGUGCACACGUGCUCACUACUCUUCAUUUCAUACUCAAUAUGCAUACAUUUUUAUAUACACCGCGUCUAUAACCCACCGCGACAUUGCCAAUACAAGUGUUCAAUACAAGGAACCCCUUGCGAACGUACGCGAGUGUGUCCAAUACAAGGAAUCCCUUAGUUCUAUGAAAAAUAGGCUCAAGCAAAUUCACACUCUAGCAGGAAAAAAAUUGAUGAAAAAAUUAAAGAUCCUGUUAAAUUCUGUUUCGUAAGUAUGAAGUUAAUGAACUUUGACUAGUUUCAGAAAUGUUGUUUUAUAACUACAUACCUACUAUCUUCAAUAUACAUAUCGGCGGCAAUGUGUCUAAGGUCUUUGCUUAAAAGCUUUGUCAAUUGCCGACAACGCGGCGAGGAGAUAGGUAGGUGUGUAAAAAUACAGGAUGUUUUAAAAUAAUCGAGUUUUGAAAGUUUGUUAAAAUUGUAGCUCGUUAAAUUAUACUUUUUUUAUAAUAACACUAAUGGAUAAUAGAUAUUGGGCACAUUAUGUGGGAUUUCAUUUUAUGAGGAAGAAAAUUGCUCGGUGUAUAUUUGUAAUAUGAUAAAAUUAAUUAAUUAAUUUAAAACAUCGCAAUAGUAGCGCUGUGACGUCACAAAAGUCAAGAGAGACUUUUCUAUUGGUUGCCUGAACUUAUUGAUGUGGAAAAUUACAUCAAUUUAAUUAUAGAGUUGAUAUAUAAAAACUUUACAGAAUAGUGUUGCAAACGUUUUUAAUAUUAUAGCUAUUUGUAUGAAAUGAAGGGUAGUUUAUGAACAAAUUCCUUAUAUUUUGUCUUUAAAAUUGACGAUAUUCAAAGAUCAACUUUUAUUUUAAUACUGGCUAAUUGGUAAUAUUAAAUAUAUAUACAUCUCACGAUGAAAACUAUUGUUUAGUUUUAAGUUUCAAAUGGUUAAGUUUGUAGCAAUGACAAUAAUACUUUAACUGUGUUUUGAAUCAAAUCAUCUUUAUAAAAACAUUGAUUAGCGAUUAAUUCAGUGGUUCUGUUACUGUUCUCUAUUUGAAGACUCAAGUGCGAAUUCCACAAAAUAAGCAGUUUUUUAUUAUUCUUUUACCGCGAAUACUUAAACUGCUGUAACUCUUUUUAUAUUUGUAUGUCCGUUUAUCAAGAUAAGGCUGAUGUGUGAUAGUAUAACUCAUGUGAUUAUAGAUCUAACGGCAGGCGCCGAUAGCUGUAAAUUGUUUUUAAGAACUGUAACAUUACCACCACCAUAGAGGCAAUUGGCUUUUUUAAAGACUAUUGACACUGUGCCGACCUUGGUUUACUAACUUUCCUAAAAAAGUACAGGCCAAAGAAUGUCUGUUAGUCUUUCUACUUUCAAGAGUUCAGAAAGAGCGAUAUAUAGACAAAAUCUAUAUAAAUAAAGCCUGUUAAUAAUUGAAAUUAAAAUCUAUUCUGUUUACUAUUGAAUCUCGCUCGGCAUUGUAUCUGUAAGUCUCAAGUUUCAUUCCACUUCUCUAUGGUAUUGAAAGUUCCUUACAAAAUUAAAAUUACUUAUAAGAACAACUGUACAACAUAACAUGGCAAAUGUUUUAAACAUUUUAUAAGAUAAACUUUGAUGAUUGCCAUUAAGGCAGCAUUUUAAGAGUUAUAUUUCUUACCAUCCAACGUUGAAUAUUACUUUAUUUCCAUUAAUGCAGGCAUUUGCUAAAAUAUGACAAUUCAACUUAAAGUUGUUGUCCAUCUUUUGCUUAGUUGUGAGUGACAUUUUACUGUGAAAGUCAGUAAUGACGAAUGGUUGUUGUAUGCAUAUAUUCUAUAUACAUUAAUAUAGAUGUUUUGUAUCGUUAUAUAUUAUAGUUGGGCUGGACAUAGCAGAAUAGCACAAUAUCAUGGUUCAAGGUCAAAGCGAAGGGCAGAAAUCAUAUCGCAUCAAAUAUGCAAUAUGUCCAGCCCUAAGUGCCUUUUAUAUAUUUAUAUUUGCACAAGUUUUACAGUUUUUAAUAUUUUAAAGGGUUUAGAUGUAAGAGUAAUCUGUUAUUCACUUAUUAAUAUCAUGUAUAAUGAAAAAAUCACUGGCGGUUUUGAAUUGUCGGAAUUUUAUAAUAGGGACCAAAAUGGAAACCGUCAGUGAAAUGAAAAAUGAUCAAAACAAUGUAACCAAAUGUAGUGUUAUUCCUUUCACUUUGUUUUAAUUGAAAAGAGAUAACACGACAUUCAGUUAGCAAUUUUAGUUUAAAAUUUUGUUUUGAAAUAUAUUAUUUGCGCUACGAAAUAUUUCCAUCAGAAUUCUGUUAAAAACAUUUUUAAUGUCAGUAAAAAAUAAUUUUAUGAACUUUGGGUAACUUUCGAAAAUAUAUCUAAAUAAAAAAUAUUUGGUAGCGUAAAUUGAAUUAAUUAUCUGAUAAUUGUAGGGGCUUCCUAUUGGAGUAAAUCACAAGAAAUAUUAAUUUGUUAAACGUUUUAUUGGUUCCACAUUACAUUCCUGUUGUUUUUGCAUUUUUAUUGUAAAUCACAGAACUGUUUUGAGUUUUUUUUCAUUUAUUUUUUUAAUAAAGUUUAUUUGAGUACAAAA